AUGAUGUUUCCGUUGAUUACCCUGCUAGUUUUGGCCACAAGCAAGGCUUCUGCCAUGACAAUUCCAAGCGGUUUGGAUUGGGACUCUCUUGUACGCCGGCAAGGGGAUUGUGCACACGAUUUCUCAGGAAUUAGUAGAACCGACUGUCAUAAGCCGGCUGGACACAACAUACGCUCCGACGGCUUUUGCGGAACGAAAGAUGAUUUGCAGCCCAAAAAUGACUGCAAAUUCUAUUGCGAGAUUCGCAGGGCGGGAUUCCUCGGCAACCGGCAGUAUGCCCCUGGCAAAUUCGGCCAACUGCAACUGCAGGGAGAUGCAAUCGGCCUCAGCUCAGGCGAUGAAGAGACCAUUACCAUGGGCUUUGAGAUUGGACUCGAAGGAACCAUUGAAGAUGCCAUAGGGGGUGGUGCUAGCUUUCAAUGGUCGAAAAGUAGCACUAAAACCAGGACUAUAGAUAGGGACCCCGAGAAGCACCCGGCGUAUCGGAGCAGAUGGGUGUUUUGGCCAAAGAUGGUCAUGACUUGUGGAGAUCUUGCACGGAACACCCACCAUAAGGAAAGUGUUCCACGCAGAGUUGGCUUCGACAUCGACGUGUGUGAAGGCGAUCGCGUCACGGACCACAACGUCUGUACGACGACACCUUUCCUGGAUGAUGAAGGCAAUGUAGAUAGUUUCUGGGCAUUGUUAUACAUCGACCCAAAAACCAACGAAGAGGCCCCUCUAGAGAAUCAGACAAUCAUGUAUCAAGAUGCCGUGUCGAACUCCAUUGGUGCGCCUAAAAGGAAAACCAAGUAG